GCCAAACAGCACAAUGGACUCCAACUGUUCCAGUUUCCUCACUCCUAUAUUAGAAAAUUAUUACCUCUCGCCAAUGUAUGGUCUGGAAUUUACCUUUGGCUUCAUUGGAAAUCUAUUUGUUGUCCUAAGCUAUAUCUUUUGCCUCCCUACCUGGAGGUCCACGAAUGUGUACUUGUUCAACCUGUCUCUGUCUGACCUCGUCUUCCUGUGCACUUUACCCGAGCUGUCCUACAACUACGCUCACAACAAGACGGAAUUCAGUUCUGCAUUAUGCGUGAUCAAUCGCUACAUUCUUCAUGUGAACUUGUACUCUAGCAUCCUUUUUAUGAUGUGGGUGAGUGUGGACCGGUACUUGUUGCUGUGUCACCCACAGCGAGGACACAUCCUGUUGAGUCUGAAGGCAGCAUUAUGCAUCACCGCCCUGAACUGGAUCUGGGUAAAUGUUCAAAUUGCUCCCCUCAUCAUUUUUAUCAUCACGGAUUUGGAGCAAAAUAACUGGAAAGUGUGCCAUGAUUUUGCGAGCCUGGGAGUGCCCGAAAAUAAUUUGAUCUACACCAUAAUGCUAACCAUAUCUGGAUUUGUUCUGCCCCUGUUGGCUUUGUUUCUAUCAUCACAAAGAAUGGUCACUGUCCUCAGGAAAAGACAGGAGGUGCUUGGGACAUCCUUCAAAAGACCAGUAAAAAUUGUGAGGACUGCCACUCUAAUGUUUCUGCUGUUCUACACACCAAUCCAUGUGAUGAGGAUUGUGCGGAUUACGUCACGUCUUCCUGAACUAAACGUUUCACAGUGUGUCAAAGACUACAUCAAUGUGGGGUACAUAGUGACACGGCCAAUUGCAUUCGCUCAUAGUGCCAUCAACCCUGUGUUUUACUUCCUCAUGACAGACAGCUUUAAGGAAGCACUGCAGGACAAGUGGAGACAACUUAAAAGAACGCUAAUGACCAGACAUUAAGCAAGUCCAACAUAUCAAGCAUCCCGCUAUUUCCCCCUUACCAAAUAAAUAACAAAAAAAAAAAAUCAUGGUCAAAUUCAGUAAGAUCACAUUAUCUUUCUGUUUCGUAUAAACAUUCACUAAAGAUCUUCACUUGUAACUACUGUACCUGAUUGAAGAAACAGAGAGUGUAUAUAUGCAUUGUUUCUUGUACCCCAAAUACACAAUCAUGACAUAUUUGCAGUAGACUUUCUGUCUACUGUAGUACAAUGACCAAAAAUACAUUUUUUGGCUAAACUGGUGGCAUUAAUUUAUAGUUUACAUAAAUGUAUAUAUUGUUUAUGAUAUUUGUAGAAUAUUUCUUUCCUGUGAUUAUUGUCAUUUUUUCAAUAUAUUUUGUAACUUAUCUAAAAAAUAAUGAAACCAUAAAAAAAAGCAAACCAAUUUCUUUUCCAGAUAAUAUUCUUUCAGCAGUAAAAUUGUUUUAUUCCACUUAAACGCUUGUUAUUUUUGUAUAAUCAUAAGCAAUGAA